CGCCUCCCCCUCCCCCUCCCCCUCUUUCUUCUCCUCCCUCGUCGCCGCCGCCGCCGCCUCAGCCUUCGCCUCAGCCGCCGCCCGCUCCCGCCCGCGCGCGGCGGGAUGGACGAUCAAUCCAGGAUGCUGCAGACUCUGGCCGGGGUGAACCUGGCCGGCCACUCGGUGCAGGGGGGCAUGGCCCUGCCGCCUCCCCCGCACGGCCACGAAGGGGCGGACGGCGACGGCAGGAAGCAGGACAUCGGCGACAUCCUCCACCAGAUCAUGACCAUCACCGACCAGAGCUUGGACGAGGCGCAAGCAAAGAAACAUGCCCUGAACUGUCACAGAAUGAAACCAGCGCUCUUCAGCGUCCUGUGUGAGAUCAAAGAGAAAACAGGUCUCAGCAUCAGAGGAGCCCAGGAGGAGGACCCUCCCGAUCCCCAGCUAAUGAGACUGGACAAUAUGCUUUUGGCAGAAGGGGUUUCAGGUCCUGAGAAAGGUGGGGGAUCGGCGGCAGCAGCUGCAGCCGCGGCAGCCUCUGGAGGUUCUUCAGAUAACUCUAUUGAACACUCAGAUUACAGAGCCAAAUUGACCCAGAUCAGACAAAUCUAUCACACAGAACUGGAGAAAUAUGAACAGGCAUGUAAUGAAUUUACUACACAUGUGAUGAACCUUCUCCGAGAACAGAGUAGAACACGUCCCAUUUCUCCAAAAGAGAUUGAAAGAAUGGUGGGCAUCAUCCAUCGAAAAUUUAGUUCCAUUCAAAUGCAGCUCAAACAAAGCACUUGUGAAGCAGUUAUGAUUUUAAGAUCAAGGUUCCUCGAUGCCAGACGGAAAAGGCGUAACUUCAGUAAACAGGCCACAGAAAUCUUGAAUGAAUAUUUUUACUCACACCUCAGCAACCCCUACCCCAGUGAAGAAGCCAAAGAGGAGCUGGCCAAGAAAUGCAGCAUCACAGUGUCACAGGUAUCCAAUUGGUUUGGCAACAAACGAAUCAGGUACAAGAAGAAUAUCGGCAAGUUUCAGGAAGAAGCCAACCUCUAUGCUGCAAAGACGGCCGUGACAGCUGCACACGCAGUAGCAGCAGCUGUGCAGAACAACCAGACCAAUUCGCCCACCACACCAAAUUCCGGUUCUUCUGGUUCUUUUAACCUCCCAAAUUCUGGGGACAUGUUCAUGAACAUGCAGAGUCUGAAUGGGGAUUCUUACCAAGGGUCCCAAGUCGGAGCCAAUGUGCAAUCACAGGUGGAUACCCUCCGUCAUGUUAUCAAUCAGACGGGAGGCUACAGUGAUGGCCUUGGAGGAAAUUCACUGUACAGUCCACAUAAUUUAAAUGCUAAUGGAGGCUGGCAGGACGCAACAACUCCAUCUUCUGUGACUUCUCCUACAGAAGGCCCAGGAAGUGUGCACUCGGAUACCUCUAACUAAUCUCUGGCCACACUUUUCCCUGAGCUGACAUGCCUUGAUAAGUGCAUUCAGAGCAAUAGGAGGAAAAGGAAAGCGUUUUUGUAGCCCACCAUCUACAGCUUUACUGUAAAACCUUGUCUUAUUAGAGAACUUGGUAAAUCUGUUUUUUAAGGAAUCAUAAUCAUUUGUAUUUAUACUUAAAAACACACAAUGUUAAAAAAAAAAAAAAAAAAAGCACUUUAUCCAAUUAGGCCAAGAUUUAACAUUGUUGACAGUCCUGUAGCUAUUUUAUCAUAAUUUAUUAUCAAUAUUUUACAUUAAUGGUUUCACAGUUGCCAAUUACUUGGCCUUAAGGGUAAAAAGUACAAUAUACACUAAACCUCAAUCGUUAAAGCAGAUGCAAAAAUUCACCUCACCUAAAUUGAACUUCUUGCAUAUUUCCAUUACUGACUUGGAUUGUCUUACUUUCAUAUCACUAAUGGAGUUGGAAUAAAGAGCUGUUUGGCUAUCCCUGUUAAUGAUGGUUGUGUUUAAGAAUCUUCCUCGUCACGUUUGUGUUCAGAUCUCUUAUGUUAUAAUUAGAUCAGAGACUGGUAGCAUCGUUUCUCUCUCUGAAAGCACCAGUGCCCAGAGUCUGCUCGGUAAUAAAAUUAUGGAUCCAGAUUGUUCUGAGAGACGAAGAUACUUGCUGCUGAUAGAGGUGAAAACGAGAUCGAUCCGUCUGGGGUUUUACGGUGUGCACUGGGUGCUGCAUAGACUUGUCAAGGUUUGCUACGUCCUCUGGGCAUCCGCAAAAGGCCCUGCUCUCUGGAGUGUUGUAUAUAGUGUAGCAAAAGAGUAUUUAUACAUCCCACCAAUCAAAACACAGCUUUAUUACCUCAUGCGAACUCAUACAAACCAAUAGAAUUUCAACAUGUUCUGUAGCUUAGAGUGCUCACUUACUACCUCUGAACAAUACUCACGCUGUAGUUUGUCUCUUUCUUAUCUUUUUGCAUCUUGUAAUUAACUUUGUUUCCCUUCAUAAAAUGUAAUGUACAUUGUAAUCUUUUAAAAGAAAAAUCAGGGUUGCAUUUGCAACUUUUAAAAAACCGAGAGUGGAAACAUUGGGUCUUAAUUCAACACAGGAUCAGUAAAACUGUUGUAAAUACUGAGAAACAUUUUGAAUGUUCUUCAUCUUACUACUAAUCCAUGCAAAAAAAAAAAAAAAAAAAAAGCAGCGACUAAUUGUGAUGCAUUCAGAUUUCAGUAUUCAGUACUGUAUAUUUCACCCUGUGUAAUGGGGCCCCCUCUCCUUUCUCUUUUUGUAUUGUAUGCGAUUCUGAAACUGAUUGAGUCAUGAAAAUAAUUUGUGGCGGUGAUUCUAAUGUAUUAAAAACGUUUCGUGUUCCUUUCUAACUGGAUUACACCCUGGAUUGAAAAAGUCUUCCUCGUGGUAGUUAUAUGUAGUUUCAAACAUGAAUAAACUUUUUGCUUUCAUGAUUAAA